AUUACAAACUUCAAAUAUAUUUCGAGAAUGGCCGCGGCACGUUCUACCAUUAUCUUCAUCUCAACAAUCUUUCUUCUUGCAACUUCGAUUUCUGCCAAAGAAUACGUUGUCGGUGAUGGAAGCGGUUGGACUCUCGACUUCGAUUAUCAAGCGUGGGCCAAGGAUAAAGUUUUCUACGUCGGAGAUAAACUCGUUUUUAAUUACGCGUCUGGCACGCACAAUGUGGUGAAAGUCAACGGCACGGGUUUCCAACAAUGUAGCACGUCAUCAAACAAUGGAACUUUGACAAGUGGACGAGACGUCAUCCCACUUCAAACCCCUGGAAAGAAAUGGUACAUUUGUGGUGUCGCGAAGCAUUGUGAGUCGAGAAACAUGAAGCUUGUCAUCACCGUUCUAUCACAGUCGAUGUCUUCGGCUGUUGCCAUAUCACCGGUAUCUAUAACUUAUGGUAUUGUAGCUGCAUUGUUUAGUGGUCUCAUGUUAACAUUCUUGGUUUAGUAUUCUCCAUGCAUGUGAGGUUGGUCUAGUUUCAAAUAAUGUACCCAUGGUUGAUUUACCCUAUAUGAAUUUGUUUUUAAUAUAGGGGUUUGUGUUAUCCAUCU